GAUUCUCAAGGGGGGCUCUUGGGCCCUUUUGCCGUGGCGCGGCAGCCAGCAGGCAGCGGAAAAUUCGCUGCUUGUGAUGGCACAUGCUGCGAUCCUGCGGCUUGCAGCAUGUUUCGAGAUAAUGUGGCUCUUGGUCUUGCAGUUUCCUUGCGGUGUGGCCGUUGAGGUGUCGCAGGACUUGGAUGUGAACUAUGUGGCUGAGAUGUUGGACAAACUGCAGGCGUAUGUGAAGCAGCAAAGCUUCGUGUCGCACGAACAUUUCAAUAGUGAGCUGAAGAGACUUCGGGGUGCAAUGGCACAGGUGGAGGACCCUACAAACUUGAACUUGUUGGAGGAGACCUUGAAGCACACUGAACGAGAAAGGGUAGAAGCGGAGGCUGCAUCCCUUGAAGCCGCACAAUAUUACCACACUGUUCGAUCAGCCUUUGGUUCACGAGGUGGUGCUCCUAGUUGUGAUUUUCUGACGUGUGGCAAUCAUGCCGUUUGCAAGUCAAACCAAAACAAGAGGGCUUUCUGUGAAUGUGUGUCAUGCUUUAGCGGCGAUGGCUUCACUUGUCGGCCUUCGAAGUGCACUGCAGAUAUGUUCUACUCGCCGCAGCCUAUUUCACCAUGGUCUGCAGCGGGCAGCAAGCCAGAUCCUGUCGCUGCAAAAGAUGUCAGUCUCGCUCUGCUUGGUGAGCAUAGUGUAGUUGUAGCUGUGCGUGAUGAGUUGAAUGGCAACCAGGGCUUCUUGACCGUUGGACAUGUGAAGUCCACUGAAGUUGUUUGGAGCGAGUGGCAGCUCUUUUCAAGUAAAUCCAUGGCCUUCGCCCCGAAGCUAGUAAGUCUUGGGGAGAAAAUUCUCAUUGCCUAUCGUGAUGCUGAAGAGCAAGGUUCAGGCUAUAUAGUCCGUGGCCAGCUUGACAAGUCUGACCUGAGCAGCUUCAAGGUGGAGCUCAGCACUCCGUUUUUGCUGGCAAAAGAGCUUCACCAGACGGUCGAGCUUGUUCCACUCUCUGCAUCCAGGGUGGUAUGCUUGUUCGGAGAGAACACAGGAGGCCGUGCAGUGGUUGUUCAAGUUUCGGAUGGCGUGAACCUCCUCGGCCGGUACCACUUCGGGGCAAAAGUGCCAAUGUCGCACAUCGCUGCAACCAAGCUGACAGAGGACUCCUUUGUGGUGGCUUUCCGCCAGCUGCCGACACAGGACGAAAUUGGUGCAACCUCAAAGGAGCUGUCAGCAACGUGGAUGAGAGUAUCGGAUGAUGACCUGUUGGUCAUUAGUUCACAUCACCUUAUGAUGGAACCACGACGACCAGAUAUGUACCUCCGGGAUGUAGCCCUAGUCUCGCAGAAUCUCUUUGCAUACUCCUACUACUCCAGAGCCGAGAAGCAAACAAAGAUGUCUUUGGUUCGUUUGCAUCCAACGACGCAUCAAAUGACCCCCGUGGGAGAGCCGACGGUUCUGGACACAGGCUACAACUCUUUUGUGGGUGCGAUUUCUUUGCCAUCUGGACCUGAGACGCCAAGCACAUUCACAUACAUGCAGCCAGCUGGGAAAAGCAGCGUUGCCAAGGUCUGUGGAGUUAGUGCAGAGGGCCAAGUCUCUGGUUGCAAAGAGGUACCUUGGGCAGAGGCGGAGCUAGUGGCUGCGGAUGCUGUCAAGCUUCCGGAUGGACGUUUGUUUUUCGCAUUCAUCCAAAAGGGGGGUACUGUCCAGACACGUUUCUUGUCAGCGGGAGAAGCGUCAGCACAGGACAUCAACAUGGCUGUGGUGUGAUAGGUUUACACCAGUGCACUUGAUGCAGCCUGCAACUGCUUUGAUUGCUGGCGCAUGUCAUUCUCAUUCAAUACAACCGCAAGAAUCUUCAGUUACUUUAUAUAGUCCUUCAGAUACUUUAGUUUUCGUGGUGAUGGUUUCAAAGUUUGCAAUACGACAGCAAGCACUUUCCAAUGAAGUCUCUGCAUGAGCACGC